ACAAAAUGAAACACCGGAAACGUAUUGAAAUGUGCCCGCAACAUUUCCCCCAGCAGCCGCGGCAGUGAACGCGCGACCUAUGGGAUGAAAAGUGAGAUUUGAUGAAAAGCUUCACAUCCUGGAUUGUGGCUUUAAGAGCGGGGCCUCCUUGAAACCGUCAUGUUCCGUGUUAGCGUGCUGAAAUUGAUGAACUUCUUCAACGCAACAACUUUUACGAACUUUUUUUAGGCGCCUUUUUAACGUUUCCGAGCAGUUUGGUCCGACAUGGUCUGCUCGAACGCUUUCCUGCCGCUCGGUGCGUUUCUUGAUUUUUACGCCCCGUGUGCGCGUAUGCAGACAGGGAGUGGCAAAAUAUAAAUAACUUUUGGGUGGUUUUUUUGCCAUAACUCCUCGAACUAAUUUUAAACAACAAUAACGUCCUUGUCUUUGAGUGACGGAUCAAAUGGACCAUCCGUCGUCGAUAAUCACGCAAGUAAGCAGAGACGAGGAGGAAAAUGCGACUUGUCGUGAGGAAGGUGCCAACCAAGUUCCCCCCUCAAAGAAGCCUCGCAGUAGAGGCCUUCUCCACAGUCUCUUCUGCUGUCUAUGUCACAAAGACUCAGAGCCACCGCCACUCAAAAACAAUGCCCCCCUCCUGCCAGAAGAAAAUGGGACUCUGCCAAAAGUUCCAGCCAAACCGCUGCUCCCACGGAUGAAAUCGAAUGAUGCAGGGAAGAUCUGUGUUGUCAUUGAUUUGGAUGAAACACUUGUGCAUAGUUCAUUUAAGCCAGUGAACAAUGCUGAUUUUAUCAUUCCAGUGGAAAUUGAUGGAACAGUUCACCAGGUGUAUGUGUUAAAGAGACCCCACGUUGACGAAUUCCUCAAGAGGAUGGGAGAAAUGUUCGAGUGUGUUUUGUUCACCGCGAGCUUAUCCAAGUAUGCAGAUCCUGUGUCGGACUUGCUGGACAAAUGGGGGGCCUUCAGGAGCCGUCUCUUCCGGGAGUCAUGUGUCUUCCACAAAGGGAACUACGUAAAAGAUCUGAGCCGUUUAGGGAGAGACCUGAACAGGGUCAUCAUCAUUGACAACUCCCCAGCUUCCUACAUCUUCCAUCCCGACAACGCAGUUCCUGUAGCGUCCUGGUUUGACGACAUGUCAGACACCGAGCUCCUCGAUCUUAUCCCCUUCUUUGAGAGACUAAGCAAAGCGGAUGACAUCUAUGAUUUUCUCACGCAGCAGAGGACUUCAAGUUAACAGAGGCGGGAUACUAGGAUGAAAAUAAUCACCAGCAGCUGUCGUCACGGGGCCACGGAGGCUGGUGGGCCACAGGCUCCACGCUGCUUCCAACUACAAGGACCACACUGCAAAAAAUGCCUGCCAUUUGAUCUCAUGUUGUCACAGGCGGGGUUUGGUAUACCAGCAUUAAGAAGUCCAUCAGAAAGCAACUACAGUCUCCAACCCCCAGUGACAGAUUUUCUUUCUUUUCUUUUAUAAUACUAGAGAAAGGCUCAAUGUGAGAAUCAGUGACGUCUGUAGAUAUCUUUUGCAGUGCAGCUAGUGCGCUGUUGUCGUUAUGUGACAGCAGUGACCUAUGUGAGUGUGCUGUAAACCUAGAUUGUGCCAACAGUUGUUCAGCGACAUUCUACAAAUGAACCACGUCAAUCAUUUCAAUGUCAGUACCAUGUAGCAUUUGUAACAGUAUUUCAAGCUCUCACACAGAAUAUAACAACUCCCUUCAAUCCCAUUAACUUACUUUAUUUUUUUGUUUCUAAAAUGGCUAAAUGUGUGUGUAGUAAAAGACAAUCAUUAACUUUA